UCAGGCUGACUGUGUUGUCAGGAAAAUGGCGGCACUAUUGCUGCAGGAGUUGGAGGCGUCCGAGAUUUCUAAACUACCAAAACAAAUUCAAAACAAAAUUGAGAAAAUUAUUUCUGAUCUACAAUAUGAAGUUGAUUCCCUAAAAGCACAGCAGGAACAAUUUCGAGUAGACAGCGAACAACAGUUUUUUGAAAAAGUUAAAGAACUCGCCCGAUGUCAGGAAGAGUUUUUGACCCAGACUCAAGAACAUCAUAAAUUAAGAGUAGAACUUUCUCAACUGGACCAGGAGCUCCAAAAUGCACGUGAAAAGAACAGGGAACAUGAAUCUGCACAGGAUAAGUUGUCCUCUGAACGGACUUUGCUGUCGAAAGCCAAAGAGAAUCUGGAGUCAGAAAAGCGGGAACUUGUGAGAACUUUGGAGAGGAGAUCCUUGGAGGUUGAACAUUUGAAUGAUGAUUUAAAGCAACUAAAUGAAAAGUUGGUGGAGGCCAACACUUCCAAAUUAGCUCUGCAGAUGAAAAUGGAUGAACUUGAAACAGCAGAAGUUAACAUAAAGUACAAAGAAAAGCGAAUGGAACAAGAGAAGGAACUUCUGCAUGACCAAACAUCUUGGCUGAAAGAGGAGUUGAAAGCCAAAACGGAGGAAGUUCUGUCUCUGUCACGGCAAAAGGGAAACGAAAUUCUAGAGCUGAAGUGUUCCCUGGAAAAUAAGCAAGAUGAGCUGAAUAAACUCCAGGAUCAAGUAAUGACUUUGAAGUGUUCAAAUGAGAAUCUCCAGAAACAAAAUGACGACACGAUCAACAAACUGAAAGAAACAAAAGAGCAACAAGCCAGCAUGGAGGAAAAGUUCAGGAAUGAGCUGAAUGCCAACAUUAAGCUUUCAAAUUUGUAUAAGGGAGCGGCAGCAGAUUCUGAGGCUAAAAGUGUGGAGCUAAGUCGAGCAGUGGAGGAGCUCCAUAAGCUCCUGAAAGAUGCUGGAGAAGCUAAUAAAGCUCUGGAGGAGAAAGUGCAGGAAAUAAACAUUGCCACAGACAAAACGGUGAAUGAGCUAAAGGAAAAGAUUCAGAGCCUUGAGAAGGAGCUUGACAAUGCCAAUGAACUUCUGUCAAACUCUAAACUUAGAGGCGCUGGUAACAGAUCUGUGCUAACAGAGGAGCAACUGAUAACUAUGUCCCCAACAGCCGCUGCCGUGUCUAAAAUAAGACCAAACAUGAAGUUGACUGAGUUGUACACAGCUUACGUUGAGACCAACGAGCAGUUGCAGUUGGAACGCCUGGAGAAUAAACGAAUCAAUAAGUACCUGGAUAAUAUUGUGCAGGAGGUAGAGGCAAAAGCUCCCAUUCUCAAAAGACAAAGGGAAGAGCAUGAGCGCAUGCAAAAGUCAGUGGCCAGUCUUUCUACCAAGCUAGAACAAGCCUACAAGGAGGUGCACCGUUUGCAGAAUGAGGCAGAUGAAUCAAACAAGCGGUCAUCCAUCUUAGAAAGGGACAACCAGAGGUUUGAACUCCAGGUGGCUGACAUGGCACAGCAGGUUCGGGUGUUGCUGGUGGAGCUGGAAGAGGCCCGCGGAAACCAUGUGGUUCACGAGGAAGAGGUGAUGUCUGGUGACAUAAGCAGCACCUCAGAGGUCAUCAGCCAACAUUUGGUGACGUUCAGAAGUGUAGAAGAGCUUCAGAAGCAAAAUCAGCGACUUCUGGUGGCCCUAAGGGAGCUCAGUGAUUCCCAAGAGAGAGAAGAGUUUGAAGCAACCAGUGAUAAGCGUGGAGAGCUGGAGCAGAGGUUUGACAAAGCUCAGUCAGAGUUGGAGUCUUUGAAGGAGCAACGCAACCAGCAGAUAAAAAUGACUGAGUCCAUUGUGAGGCAGCGGGACAUGUACCGGAUGCUGCUAGCUCAAUCAACUGGAGUCAGCUUCACCCAAGGUGUACCCGCUGAGGAGUUCUCUCUGACCUCUACCCCACGACGGUCACACGCAGCCACACCCACCAGCGGGACUUCCGCCGCUCUUGUUUCCAUGGCAGCAGAGUCUGCUGAAGCACUAGAGGCCAAAGCUGCUUUGCGACAGUUACAAGAGGUUUUCACCACCUAUAAAAAGGAGCGACUGGAGAGUGACAAGGCUUUGACUGAGCAGAAUGAGAAGCUUCAGGAGCAGCUGUCAGAACUUCGCUCUCAGAAUGCCAAGACAUCCACUCAGUUAGAGUUUGCUUCCAAGAGGUAUGAAAUGCUGCAGGACAAUGUUGAAGGUUACAGGAAGGAGAUUGCGGCUCUUCGGGAGAAAGGGCAGAAAAUGGCCGCCGACACACAAAAGCUUGAGCAGACAGUCAACACACUACAGGAAGAUCUGAAGACUGCAAAAGAGAAACUUGCCAUGGCACAGGCCCAUGCUGAGAACCUACGCAAGGAAAAGGACAUGCUGAAGCUUUUGGAGUCCAGGCUGACUCAAGAAAAAGAAACUAUCCUAAACCAACAGCAGAGUCAGAACCUGCUGCUUACAAAUCUCCAGUCUAUCCAAGCCUCUCUGGAGCGAUCAGAGACUGAUGUACGUCAGCGUCUCAACAGCCAGAUAGAGAAGCAGGAAAGAGAAAUCACCCAGCUUCAAAAGAGGCUUGAACAGGAAGUGGAACAGCGCCAUCUGCUAAGCAGAAACCAGGAGAUCCAGGUCGUGGAUUUGAAGAGACAGCUGGAAACACAGGUGGCUUUGCAUCAACGGACAAAAGAGCAGAUAAAUGUCCUUGAAAUGGAGCUCAGCACCUUCAGGAUGCAGCAGGGGAACAUUGAAGGACGUCACACCCUGGGCUCCCCAUCUACACCCAUCAGAGUUGCAAGCCUUCAGGGUUUGGAUCAAGACAGAGAAGACCUCCAGGCGCGCUUGAAGCUCGCCGAAACCCGGGCAGAAGAGCUGGCAGAAAGCCUGAGGGCCGCCACCUCCAGUAUGGAGCAGUACAGAGCCAUGGCUCAGAGCCUGGAGGAGUCCCUGAACAAAGAGAAGCAGGUAACUGAGCAAGCCCGCUCAUCCAUCGAGGCUCGUAUGAAGGAAGCUGAGGAACAGCACCGUGCGCUCGAGGAAAGACUUCAGGGAAUGGAAAAAGAAAAACAAGACUUGGAAGACCAGAAGAGAAGAGUUGUGGCCGGUCUUGAGGAGGAGAUAAAUAGUCUUAAAAAAAGUCUCAGCAGUGUCCAGGAAGAUCAGCAGACAGUGCUGCAGAGGCUGGUUCUUUCUGAGGCUCAGCAACAACAGGCUCUGAUAGACGGCCAAGAGCAGGUUAAGCUGGCAGCUGAAGCUCAGGAUAAGUAUGAGCGGGAGAUGAUGCUGCAUGCAGCUGAUGUGGAGGCGCUUCAGGCUGCGAAGGCCCAGGCUUCGCAGGCUGUUGAGCUCAGACACCAGUUGGAAGAGAAACUGCAGAGGGUCAGUGCAGAGUUACUGGAGGCUAGAGUUUCCUGGGAAGAACAGGAAAAGAUCCUCAAGGAGGCUGUUUCCAAAGUGGAGAGUCGUAAUGAAGAGCUGCAAAGCCAGAACACCCUCCUGCAUGAGCAGCUCCAGACAAUGAGCACCAAGCUGGCUGACAGUGUGCAGCGCACUGCCAAUGAAAGUGCCUUAAAUAUAUCACUGACUGAAGAGGGAAAAUCUCAAGACCAGCUUCUUGAGGUUCUUCGGUUUGUGCGUCGUGAAAAGGAGCUUGCAGAGUCGCGUUUUGAGGUGGCUCAAGGUGAGAGUUUACGCUAUCGUUUGAGGAUGGAGCACUUGGAACGAGAACUCAAGGAGGUGCAAGACAGCUUGAGCGCUGCAAGGGAAAGAAUGCAGGUGACCGCAAAGACCCUGGCUCAGCACGAUGAGUUAAUGAAGAAGACAGAAACUAUGAGCAUCUUAAUGGAAACCAACAAGAUGCUGCGGGAGGAGAAGGACAAAAUGGAACAGGAGCUGCAGCAAACUCAAGCUAAGGUGGAAAAGUUAGAGAAGGCCAUCAUGCCGCUACAGCAGUCGAACUCAGAGCUCAGCGAGAAGAGUGGCAUGCUGCAGGCGGAGAAGAUGAUUCUCGAGGAAGAGAUCAAGCGUUGGAAGGCUCGUACUCAGCAUUUAGUGAGUCAACAGAAAGAUUUGGAUCCAGAAGAGUACAAGCGUCUUCACUCUGAGAGAGAAGCACACGUCAAACGUAUUCAGCAGCUUAGUGAAGAGAGUGCAAGACUCAAAAUGGAGUUGACCAGGACAAAUAAUCUCACAACAGGACUGCAAGGACAGAUACAAAACUUGCGUGAAAAUCUGAGUAAAAUAACUGAAGAGAGGAAUAUGCUAAAGAAGGAAGUGGAAACUAAGAACCAGGAGCUACUAGAGAAGGCGCGGACUAUUACCCAGGUCAAGAAGAUUGGACGCCGCUACAAGACCCAGUAUGAUGAGCUGAAGGUGACGCACGACAAGCUGGUUUCUGACACAGCGGCAGGUCCUUCCCAGGACGAAGAAGCACGUCAGGCCUCAGCUCAAGAACUGCAGAGCCUUAGAGAUUCUCUGGGCCAAGCGCAAAACAGGAGCAAGGAGCUGGAGGGACAGCUGGAGAACAUCAGCAAGGUUGUAACAGAGCGAGAAAAUGAGGUACGCAGUGCCCAGGAACAGUCAACCAGGCUGCAGGCAGAUUUGACCAGACUGAGGCAAGAGCUGCAGGAGAAAACCUCUCAGGAGGACACUCUGAGACAGCAGAUGGCUGAGAAGGACGAGAAAACCAGAAAAGCCCUCAUGUCUGCCAAGCAGAAGAUCAGCCUGCUCUCAAAUACUAAAGAGCAGCUCCAGAAGGAAAAUGAAGAAUUAAAGACUCAGCGUGAGGAGCUGGAGGUGCGGGUGAGUGCUCUCAAGUCUCAGUAUGACGGCCGCCUCAGCAGACUGGAGCGGGAGCUGAGAGAUUUGCGAGGUCAACAGGAGAGACAAGAACAGAGAGAUGAGCCGGCUGAGGCAGGUCCGAGCAAGACUCAGGAGCAGCAGAGGAGUACUGAACAAAGACAGAUCAGUCUGAAGACCACCCCAACCUCAGACAGGGGCAGUGCCACCACGUCUGAGCCUCCAACUGCCAACAUUAAGCCAACACCUGUAGCACCCACAGCCAGCAAGCAACCUGUAAACCCUGGAAACAAGCCCACGCCGAGAGCAAGCAUCAAGCCCAUGAUCACCCCAGCUCCUGUUCCCACUCCGACCCCCACGGCUACGGUCAUGCCUACAACACAGGUGGAAACCCAGGAAGUAAUGCAGCCGACAGAGGGACCACCAGUGGAGCAUGUGACAGUGUACGGCAGUGCCAGCGGCUCUGUGCGCUCUUCCAGCCCCAACGUCCAGACAACAUUAGCUAGCCCCAUGCUGACUGUCCAGCAGCCUCAAACGCAGGCAACAGCUUUCGUCCAGCCAACACAGCAGCAGAGCGUGACCCACACAGAACCUUCCAGUCAGGAGCCUGUGAUGAUCGAUGCCACACCCAGCUCACAGGUGGAAUGGCCUUCAACUUCUUCUGUGUUCGGCACUGUUUCAGCAACAUCAGGAUCAUCUGCCAUGUCCAAGAGGCCUCGUGAAGAAGAAGAGAGCAGCACCAUGGUGACUGAAACUGAGGCCACUCAAGAGGACACCUCCAGGGCUCCUGUCCCAAAGAAACUGCGCAUCAUCCAGAGAGUGGGGCCAGAGGAGGAGCUGCUUACUGAGGAGAGUGCUGAGGCGGAUGGUGUGGUCCCAACAGACAGCCAAGACGGUGAAGCAAGUCAGACAGAGGAGUUUCCAUUGAUGGAGGAAGGUGAUGAAGGAGCAGCCUCUCAGUCUGUUCCCUCAGAGCAAGAGGUUGCAGGCACCCAAGGUGAAACGCCAAGUCAACUGCAGCAGGAAGUAAUCGUAAUAAUCACUGAUACAGAGAGUGACGAAGACCAGGAAGAGGGGGAAGAAGAGGAAGAGGAGCAGGAAUAUGAGGAAGAGGAAGAAGAAGAUGAUGAAGAAGAGGAGGACGAAGAUGAUGAGGCAGAUGAUGGGGGCAUGGGAGAAGAGGAGGAGGAAAGUAACGAUGGGAGUGGAGACGGCAACGAGGCUUACGAAGGAGACGACCCAGAGGGAGCUGACGUGACAGACGCUGGCACUGAGACGGAGGAGAGUCUGGGGGCGUCGGACUCCACCCAGAGGCCAGCAGAUUCCCAGACACCCAGCUUUGAAGGGAGCACAGUUGAGGCCUUUUCCACUGAACAACCAAUCUCAAGUUCUGGCGCGCGCAUGCCCCCGUCUCCACGGAGACCGGUGCAGCAGCUCUCCCCACGUUUGAAUGUCCACCCUGCCCAAUCGUCAGAACUGGGACCACCCGUUCAGCAGCGUGUUCCUGUUCGCCGCCAGUCAGUGGGUCGGCUCACUCCUGGAAUGCAGAGCUGUGUUCCCCUUCACAACGAGGAAGAUGACAGGAUGGUUCCCUGCACUCCCACGCUUCCUCACCGGCCUGAAGGCCUGGACCAGGCCGUACACUCUCCCCAGGUGACUGGAGUGUCUCGCUUGUUCGGUUCUCCUGAGGACGUGCCGCAGACCAGCUCCUCCUCACACUCUGAUCUAGGACAGCUCGCAGCACAAGGAGGUUUUGGAAUGUAUGAAAACCCUUUAUUGCCAAGUCAUGAAGAGGAGUCUGGUGGACGGAGCGUACCAACUACACCCCUGCAAGUUUGCGGUUCAGAAGCUGCACCAUCCGACACAACAGAGCAUGCUUCUCAGUCAGUCCCCACGGUGAGCACAUCCACACCCGGCCUUGUUGCGGCAGUCACAGCCAGCACAGGAGAUGAAGGGGAGUCCUCCCUCUUGGAGUCGGACACUGACAGGUCCAGUUCUGAAGUGUUGGUGGAUCCUGUGGUGUCACAGGAAGAUAUGGAAGUGCCAAGUCAGCCGGCUGACAAAGCCAGCCUCCCGUCGACCAGCCAGGAACCCACCUCCAGUUCUGCUGAUACAAGCAGUGCUCCCCCUAGACCCUCUCGACCUGGAUCUGGCUCUCGAUUUGGACCUCUGCAACGCUGGACAGACAAUCGCAGUGGGCGUGGAAAGAGAGGAGGUCAAGCGUUUCCAUCCCGGGGUGUAAGUGGGAGACGAUUUGCAAGAUAAAGUUCUAAUAGAAGAGCGCUCUGGAGGACUCGGCAUUCCCAUCACAAACACAUUUCAUCUUUGUCUUCAGCCUCUGUGCUUUUAAUAUUUUUUCUUUACUUGUAAGUUUGUUGUUUGUUUUAAAAGUCCCUACAAAAGCAGUGUUUUAAGAAAAUGUUAUUAAAGUUGAAUGCUUUAGGAAAACUCUUGUCAGGAAAAGGAUCUUCAAGGUUGGUUCUUCGGACAAGUGAAGAAACUGUUGCUUUGAGGCGUCGCGUUUUCUUUUGCUGCAAUUGUGGGACGUUCUCCGCUGAUCCUCACGUUAUAUGUUGAUGCUGCAAAGAACAUGUGAAGCAAGAAUUGAUCUUCUUGAAAUCAUAUGAUUUCAUAGACAACUGAAUAUCUUUGUAUUUGCUCUGAUUGAAGUGAUUUUUGAACAGUAGAUAACUUGACAUAAUAAAAGCACAUAUGCAUUU